GUCAGAGUAACACACACACACACACACAGUGCAGUGUGGAAUUACUGAUCCUGAUCUCGUUGUGGACACCAGAAGUUUUUUUCCCAGAUACAGAAGUUCUUAUGAGAGUCAAGAGGAACUACAAACCACCUUCAUCUGAAGAAUCCAUCUUUAGGCCUUGUCAUCCUGUCUAACAGAGACGCCAGAAUGACCGACGUCAUAAGCCUCAGUAAAACAGAGCACACAAAGCGCAAGACUCAGGACAAGGAAAUGAACGGCAUCACGGAAGAAAAAGAGACAAAGAAGACCGACAGGAUGAGAAAGCGUGAAAGGCUGCAGAAGAGCUCCGAGGCCAGCAUCACUGAGGUGAAGAACAUGAACGAGGUCGGAAACUUGCAGGAUGAUUUGACGGAGAAGGGUGGAGCCAACCUGACAGACGUUGCAUUCAAACAAGAGAGGCUUCUCAAGUCCAACAAACCAGUGCAGAAGUGCUACAUCCCGAAAGUGGGCAAAGGGAACAUAAAGAACAAGUUUGAGGCCAUGCAGAAGGUCAGGGAGGAGAGGAACCGCAUGAGGAGCGAUGAGGAGCAGAAGAAGCGCAAGGAGCAGUACAUCAAAGAGCGAGAGCGGAGCCGCAAAAAGCAAAUGAUAAAAGAGCUGCUCGCCUCCAGUGACGAGGAGGAGGAGGAAGUAAAAUCAGCAAAGGUUGAGAAAUCGUACGUCCCCAAGAUCAUCGGCACCGUGAAGGGGAAGUUUGCUGAGAUGGAGAAGCAGAGGCAGGAAGACCAGAGGAGAAAGAUGGAAGAAGAGAGGAAGAAGCGGGUCACUCAGGAGGCACUGGAGAAGGCUAAGAUUAAGAAGGAGUUAGCCAAGAGGGCGGAGGAGGAUGAUGAGGAGACCCAGGGGAAAGAGACGGAGCGCGUGACUCCAGGGAAGCUGCGUCUGACGUUUGAGGAGCAGGAGAAGGAGAGGCAGGAGCAACAGAGGAAGCAGGCUGAGGAGGAAGCCAGGAGGAGGCUCCAGGAGGAGAGGAAAGCUUUUGAGGAGGCCAAACUGGGCAUGGCUCAGGAUGAUGAAGACGUGACCAUCGAACAGGGUGAGAAGGAAGAGAUCCGGCCAGGGAAACUGAGGCUCAGCUUCGAGGAGCUAGAGCGACAGAGACUGGAGGAUGAACACAAACGUGUGGAGGAAGACAGGAAGAGACGCAUCCUGGAGGAGAGAAAGGCGUUUGCAGACGCCAGAAAGAGCAUGGUCAGAUCAGACCAUCUAGACGACGAAGACGAUGUCUUGCUGGCUGCCAUGAGCGUCGACGCCGGGGCCACUCCGGGUAAACUGUCCAUCAGCUUCGAGGAACUGGAGAGGCAGAGACGUGAGGAAGAGCAGAAGAGGAAGGAGGAAGAGGCCAAGCGUCGCCUAGAGGAGGAGAAGAGGCUGUUUGCGGAGGCUCGCAAGAACAUGGUACAGGACGAGGACGACACCCUGGUGAGGACGGAGUCGCAGGAAGCAAUGCAUCCCGGGAAACUGGAGAUCAAUUUCGAGGAGAUGAUGAAAAUGAAAGAGGAGGAGGAACGGAAGAAGAAGGAGGAAGCGCGUCGUAAGAAGAUGGAGCUGGAGAAGAAAGAGCUUGAGCAGUUGCGUCAGGAGAUGGGUGAGGAGGAGAUCAACGAGACAACGGAGAUCGUGAGCUCUGAGUAUGAGGAGCUGACAAAACUGAAGCGAACCGGCUCCAUUCAGGCCAAGAACCUGAAGGUUAAGUUUGAGAAAAUCAAGCAGCUGACAGAGGAGGAGAUCCAGAAGAAGAUCGAAGAGGAGAGAGCGAGGAGGAAAGCCAUUGAUGAGGAGAUCAAAGAGAGGGAAGCAGAGCGCCGUGUGGAGGACGAGGACGAGGACACGAAGGGCGCAGUGAAAGUGGAGGAUGUGCCGUUCAGGCAGAAGGUGGACAUGCGCGCUCGGUUUGAGCAGAUGGCCAAAGCGCGUGAGGAGGAGGAGAAGAGGAGGAUCGAAGAGCAGAAGCUCCAGAGGAUGCAGUUCGAGCAGCAGGAAAUCGACGCCGCUCUCCAAAAAGAAAGGGAGGAUGAAGAGGAAGAGGAAGGCAGCGUUGUGAACGGCUCGGCGGCUUACGAUGAGGAUGAUGAUCACAGCCGGUCGGGCGCUCCGUGGUUCAAAAAGCCCCUGAAGAACCAGACGGUGGUGGACUCCGAGCCUGUGCGCUUCACGGUUAAGAUCACAGGCGAGCCCAAGCCCGAGGUGACGUGGUGGUUCGAGGGAGAGCUGCUGCAGGACUGCGAGGAUUAUCAGUACAUCGAGCGUGGCGAGACCUACUGCCUCUACCUGCCUGAGACCUUCCCUGAGGAUGAGGGCGAGUACAUGUGCAAGGCCGUGAACAGCCGCGGUAGCGCCGCCAGCACGUGUAUCCUCACUAUCGAAACUGAGGACUACUGACACACCACAUCACUCUCUCUCUCUCUCUCUCUCUCUCUCUCUCUGGAACUUUUCUUUUUCAUGUCUGUUCUUUUAUGAAAAUGUUCAUAUCUCAUGGUAGGGCCAAAUGUUCUUCUUCAGAGGAGGAAAGCAGCCUGUGUGUGUGUUUUAUUUUCACCAUUCCUCCAAAGGAUCCGCUCGAAGUUGAAGUGAAAGAUGUGUUGUUUACAUGCCAAAGCUGCCCUCGCUGCCAGAAAGAAGAUUUUCAGUGAAUUUGUGCCAAAAACACGAAACAGACACACAGUUUCUUUCCAUAAGUUGUUCAUACAUACUCUUCGAUUUUGAAAGAUUUACGGCUUCAGUAACGCAACAGGGUCAACUGCUGUUUCUACUUUACGGAGGAAUGAAGGAAGUCGAGUUGUACUGUUGAAGAGAAUCAGUUCUCUCAGAAAUCAUGACAAUCUUGAAAAAGAUGAAACUCAAAAUCAUUAUAUUGAUGGCACUAGCCUAAAAAAAAGUGUGUCAUGUUACAAAAAACCAGCAAAGUGUAAACUCCUCCGUCCCAAAGAUGUCAGAAAAUGUAAAGUUACAGCGUCACAUCUGACUGCUACAAAGCGCUGACACUGGAGACUCCUUCCAUUAACUAUUACAGAAACACCUUUCUCCUCACAGGAAACUUCACCACAUCUACGAUUUUUUGUAAUCGCCGUACACGUUCCUGUGAACACGUCUCCAUUAUGAUAGAAACAAUAACGUAUUCAGAUGAGAGCAUGGAUAUAAACCUGCACUACUCUCAGAUCCACUGUUAUGGAAAAUUAAUCAACACCCACACGAGUCGAGUGUUUCUCCUCAGUCAUUAUCUCACUGAUUUCUGACUGAUCUGUUCCUUUAACAGUGCUUUAUUUUUAAAAGCAACACAAAACCAGCACUUUUCAUCCUCUCUGUGAUUUAAAGUUGCUCAUUUGAUGAAUUGUUCACAUUUUCAGAAGGCCAUGUGUUUUUAUGUUGGAUUAAAGAUGAUCAUGAUUAGCUCAUAAACACUCUGCUGAGGUUUGCAUCCAGUGAGUUU